CCUCCAAAUCAUUGGAUUCAGGUUUUCCAAAAUCACCUCCAUGACCACAGGUGUAUAAAAAUUAAGCUCCUAGGCAUGCAGACUGCUUCUACAAACAUUUGUGAAAGAAUGAGUCGCUCUCAGGAGCUCAGUGAUUUCAAGUGUGGUACCGUGAUAGGUUGCCAUAUGUGCAAUAAGUCCAUCCGUGACAUUUCCUUGCUACUAACUAUUGCACGCUCAGCUGUUAGUGGCAUUAUAACAGAGUGGAAGCAACUGGGAACAACAGCAACUCAGCCACCAAGUGGAAGGGCAUGUAAAAUGACUGAGUGGAGUCAGCGCAUGCUGAAGCCCACUGUGCACAGAAGUCGUUAACUGUCUGCAGAGUCAACAGCUAAAGACCUCCAAACUUUGUGUGGCCUUCAGAAUAGCACAACAACAGUGCGUAGAGAGCUUCAUGGAAUGGGUUUCCAUAGCUGAGCAGCUGCAUCCAAGCUUUACAUCACCAAGUGCAAUGCAAAGCAUCGGAUGCAUUGGUGUAAAGCACGCCGCCACUGG